UGUCAACUUCGCUUUCGUCACUCUUUAGAAUAGAAUUAUACAGUUAAACCCGAGAUUCUACUAUCUACUUGCACCGAUUCGUUAACAGCGCCUUGACACUCUCGCUACGAUUGCACUCCUUCUGCGACGUCCACACUAUUCUCAAAUAUGAAGGUCUUUUCUACACUUAUCUUUGUCUCAGGGCUAAUUUCCACCGCACUCGCACAUUGGAACUACAACAAUCUCAUUGUCAACGGCAAAGUGGUCGGAUCUCCAUACCAGUACAUUCGCCCUACAACCAACUCUAAUUCCCCGAUCACAGAUGUGGGAUCAACCAACAUGCGCUGCAACCAAGGUGGCGGUUCCGGAAGCUCCACCCAAACUUACACGGUGAAAGCAGGCGAUGAAGUUGGCUUUGGCAUCGCCGAUGUCUUUGGCCAUCCCGGCCCGCAGCAGGUCUACCUUUCGAAGGCUCCGAGCACCGCGGCAACCUACGACGGGUCUGGAUCGUGGGUAAAAAUUUACUCCCUUACGACGAGUAGUAUUGCUUCAGAUGGAAUCAAGUGGGCAAGCGACGGUAUCAAAAGCUUCAGGUUCACGCUUCCAUCUUCGACUCCGCCGGGCGAGUAUUUACUUCGGGCUGAAGGUCUCGCUUUGCACGGCGCAAGCACCAAGGGCGGAGCGCAGUUUUAUAUUGGAUGCGCGCAGCUGAAGGUUACCGGUAGUGGUAGUGGAAGUCUUAACCAGUCUGUGAAGUUCCCUGGCGCGUACACUGGGAGUGAGCCUGGCAUUCUCAUCAACUUAUACUGGCCGACUCCUACGAAUUAUACAGUUCCCGGCCCUGCAGUAUGGCCGUCAGACACGGAGCAGCACUCUGUAAAGCAAUUGUAG